AGUACUGGGACCAAGGACAAUUUGCUUUGCUUUGCUGUGCUUUGCUUUCCUUUCCCUGCUCACUCUCUCUCUCUCCGUCCUUACCGGUGCCGGUUCCGGCGGCACUGCCUGCUCCUGCUCCCGCUUCUGCUUCCCUUCUCCUCCUCUGACGCCGCUGCCUAAUUCUGUUUUCCCGAUUAUUUAUCGCGUUCUGGUGCGCUGCAGCUGUGGCGUCGCUCUCCUCUAUGUCGUCCUCCAGUCUCACUGACUCUGUCCAUGAGGAAGCAAGGACGCCUCAGUCAGGGCAGUAGUACAAAUAGAAUAAAAGUUAGCCCUUGUUCUGUGCCAAACCCUGCCAACAGAACAGAACAGAACAGAACAGAACAGUUCUCUUCUUCUUUGCGACCUUUCGAGCCAAUGGUUCUGGAAUAAUCCAAAAAGAAUUGGAUGGGGUUUGUAGGUGCAUCGAGGUGUUUGAGAAGUGGACAGGAUAUGAUCCUCCGACGCUACUGUACCUCUCACUGUCCCCCUUUCUUCUCACCCCGCUGCCUUUAUUCCCCUUAUCAUCACUUCAAUGGGGGACAGGCUGAUCCAGCGUCUGCUACAACCCGCACAUCUUGUAGCUUCUGGGGCCGCCGCUUAUCCCCAAUUAGAAGAGAGUGCGUCAAUCCCUGCAAUGUCAAUCUCAGAGGGAGUGGCAACUUGUUCACCCACCUCAAGGCUUUCAUUUCCGAUUCUCCUGCCAACCGACCUUCCCUGGAUUUACCUCUCCAUAAGCAGCGCUCCAUGUCCAAUGGCCGCGCGCUUUACUCGACAUCGUCGGGAGCUGCGUUCGAAAGGAAACUGUCAGGGCCGCAGAAAGGAAAGGAGGAGGACCAAGUUGCAGACACCAAAAUUCUUCGCACUCUUGCCGGUUACCUGUGGAUGAAGGACAAUCCUGAAUUUCGUUUAAGGGUCCUUAUGGCUUUGGGUUUUCUAGUUGGUGCUAAGGUUCUCAAUGUCCAAGUGCCCUUCCUGUUCAAGCUGGCUGUUGACUGGCUGACUACUGCCACGGGCAAUGCCGCUGCUCUCGCUUCCUUCACCACUGCUAAUUCCAAUCUUAUAGCCCUCUUUGCCACUCCAGCAUCCCUUCUGGUUGGUUAUGGAAUUGCACGUGCAGGAUCUUCUGCCUUCAACGAACUGCGUACUGCAGUGUUUUCUAAAGUAGCACUGAGAACAAUCCGGUCAGUUUCUAGGAAGGUAUUUUCACAUCUGCAUGACCUUGACCUUCGUUAUCAUCUAAGCCGAGAAACAGGCGCAUUGAAUAGGAUAAUCGAUCGUGGUAGCCGUGCUAUAAACUUUAUCCUCUCCUCUAUGGUGUUCAAUGUUGUACCCACUGUAUUAGAGAUAUCUAUGGUAUCAGGUAUACUGGCAUACAACUUUGGAGCACCUUUUGCAUGGAUCACAUCGCUCUCAGUUGCUGCAUAUGUUGCCUUUACAUUAACUGUGACACAGUGGAGGACAAAGUUUAGGAAAGUCAUGAAUAAAGCUGACAAUGAUGCAAAUACCAGGGCAGUUGAUUCACUUAUCAAUUAUGAGACUGUCAAAUACUUCAACAAUGAAGCGUAUGAAGCUGAGAAGUAUGAUGAAUUUCUGAAGAGGUAUGAGGAUGCUGCAUUAAAAACACAACGAAGCCUUGCUUUACUGAACUUCGGUCAAAAUGUAAUAUUUAGCACGGCUCUAUCCACAGCGAUGGUAUUAUGUUCUCAUGGAAUCAUGAAUGGCAAGAUGACAGUUGGUGAUUUGGUUAUGGUAAAUGGACUUCUUUUCCAACUUUCUCUGCCACUAAACUUCCUUGGCAGCGUAUAUCGGGAAACAAUACAAAGUCUUGUUGAUAUGAAAUCUAUGUUUCAGUUGUUGGAGGAGAGAGCUGACAUCAGAGAUAAGGAUGGGGCGAAGCCCUUGACAUUAAAAGGAGGCGGCAUUCAGUUUGACAAUGUGCAUUUCAGUUAUCUGCCGGAAAGAAAAAUCCUUGAUGGAGUAUCUUUUAUAGUUCCAGCUGGAAAAAGUGUAGCCAUUGUUGGGACUAGUGGCAGCGGGAAAUCAACCAUUCUUAGAUUGCUUUUCAGGUUCUUUGAUACUCACUCUGGAACUAUAAAGAUUGACGGGCAAGACAUCCGGAAUGUGACACUGGAAAGUUUACGAAACUCUCUUGGUGUGGUGCCUCAGGAUACUGUCCUUUUCAAUGAUACGAUAUUUCACAAUAUCCAUUAUGGUCGUCUGUCAGCAACAGAAGCAGAGGUGUAUGAUGCUGCUACACGCGCUGCAAUCCAUGACACCAUUAUGCGGUUCCCUGAUAAGUAUCGAACUGUGGUAGGAGAGCGGGGCCUUAAGUUAAGUGGUGGAGAGAAGCAGCGGGUGGCACUAGCACGUGCUUUCUUGAAAGCUCCCCCGGUCUUGUUGUGUGAUGAAGCAACCAGUGCACUUGACAGUACAACAGAAGCGGAGAUAUUAAACGCGCUGAAAUCACUUGCUAGUGAUAGGACUUCAGUUUUUAUUGCUCAUCGUCUUACUACAGCAAUGCAAUGUGAUGAGAUAAUAGUUUUAGAGAAGGGGAAGGUGGUGGAACAGGGACCCCAUGAAAUGCUUUUGUCACAAGCAGGAAGAUAUGCACAACUGUGGGCGCAGCAGAACAGCUCUGUGGAUGCAGUUGAUGGGACCAUUAAGUCGUAAUUUGACCGACGCUGAUAGACUUCUCGUCACAUGGAAAGCAUCUUCGAGGCAAGUCCAACAAAGUGGACAUAGAGCACGUACUAUAGGCGUAUAAAUAGGAAGGAAUAAAGGUUCAACUUUAACUAUUCGUAUUCCCCACCAUUCCAUUUCUUUACCCUGUCUAAUAGUAAUGGAUGGGGUUAGCUUGUCAUUUUGGUCCGUAUUUUACAUAAAUUGAACCAUAUAAAGUUUGAGCAAUCCGAUUCUCCUCUCUUAGCCAA